GCACUAGUUGCUCUCGUUCUGCUGCAUCUCCACCACCACCACCAUGCCGACUGACACUAAACGUGUUCGCGGUCCAGAAGUUACCCAGAGCCCGUCACUGUUUUUGUGCAAACCGGCGGCCGCUCCCCCUUCGCACGGCCCGAGAGCAGACGGCCGGCAGCGGGAUCAAGUGGAUGUCCGGCCGGUGUUCGUCCGCUGCGGGCUGGUGAGCCAGGCUAAAGGCUCCGCGUACAUCGAGGCUGGAAACACCAAGUUGAUGUGCUGUGUUUACGGCCCCAGAGAGACGGAGCGCAAAGAUGAGACAGAUAUGAAAUGUGGAAGGUUGACGACUGACAUGCGUUUCGCUCCCUUUUCCUGCCCGGAGAGGGGCUCCUGGAUUCAGGGGAGCCAGGACAAGGAUCUCUCCUUGAUGCUGCAUGAGAGUCUGCAGCCAGCCGUCUGCCUCCACAAAUACCCCCGCUCUCAGAUCGAGAUCAACGUGAUGGUUCUUGAGAACAGUGGUUCAGUUCUGGCCCAUGCUGUCACGUGUGCCUCCCUUGCUCUGGCAGAUGCCGGGAUAGAAAUGUAUGAUCUGGUGCUCGGUUGUUCCAUUUGCCAGGACGGUGCCUCGUAUGUGGUAGACCCCUCUUACAUGGAGGAAAACAGCUGCGGCUCGGUCAGCAGCAAGAACCAGGGCAGUCUGACUGUUGCGUUUCUUCCCAGCUUGAACCAGAUUUCUGGGAUGCAGUCAGACGGAGAAAUGACUGAAGAGACUCUGACAGCGGGGGUUCGAACCUGCAUCGAGGGAUGCUAUAAACUGUACCCAGUCAUCCAACAAGCCUUGGCCAAAGCUGUGCGCAGGGCUGCACCCCCACCGUCAGAGAGCUGAGGGACUCUAACUAAUAACUUUAUGCUCUUUCUACUUCUCACUUUUUCAGUCUUAAUGCCUACUUUUCCCUGUUUUCUAUUAAAUUCUUCAAAAAGAAAA